AUGGCUCCCCAGGUUCCGGUUACCUGCGUGACAGGCUUCCUUGGCGCCGGCAAGACGUCCACGAUUCUCGGCCUCCUGGGCCAGCUCCCCAAGGACUACAAGGUCGUCCUCGUGAAGAACGAGUAUGGUGACGUCGAGGUCGACUCGCUGCUGGCUCAGCAGAGCAACAUUACCGGUGUGAGCGAGAUCCUCAACGGCUGCCUCUGCUGCACCAUGGUUGGUCUCGUGGAGAAUGCCCUUAUCGAGAUCAAGGACAAGUACCAGCCCGACCGCAUCUUGAUCGAGUCGAGUGGCUCAGCGUUCCCAGCCACGCUCGCACUCCAGAUCCGCGAACUCGAGCCCAAGGGCUUCAAGCUCGACGGUGUCGUCACUGUUAUCGACUGCGUCAACUUCCGCGGCUACGAGGACACCUCCCCCACCGCCAAGCUCCAGGCACAGUACACCGACCUCAUGCUACUGAGCAAGUAUGAGCUCGUGUCUGAGCGUGACAUGGACUUGCUCCUGGACCGCCUCUUUGAGCUCAAUGACGGCACCCCUCACGUCAAGGUCGGACCCAACGCCCCUCUCCGUCCAGAGCUGGUGUUUGGUCUCGACUCGAAGCUUUUCCUCAAGGGAUCUGAGGAGGCUUCCAGCUGGGAGGCCCUCGGCGGACAGGGUGCACACAUGGACGAAGUGGAGACCAAGAGCGUGUGGCGCGGCGGCCGCAAGCCAGGCAAGAAGCACGACCAUGCCGAGGGCGAGGCUUGCGCUAGCUGUCCCACCGAGACCGAGACCGCUGCCUCUGGCGACGUUACACCGGUUACCCGCGACGAGCUCGAGGGAGAGCUUAAAAAGCUCAGCCACGCAAGUGAAAUCUACCGCGUAAAGGGCAUUGUGCGAUUCCCCUCGCGUCCAGCUACACCUGCCACACCCGGUACUCCCGGAAGUGGCUCGCGCACCCCCCAUGAGACCCACGUUCUCAACUGGGCCUUUGGACGACACGAGCUUACGCGUACCCCUGCUCUGGACGACUCCGAGGACCUCGCCGGUGUUGGUCUUCGUCUCACCGUAAUGGGUGAGCGUGGCGAGGUGACGCGCAGGGCCAAGAAGCUGGCCGAGGGGCUCGAGGCGGAGGUUGCCGUCCUCACCCUUGGUGCCUCAUUUUUGAAGAUGUUGACCCAGAUUCCCACUGAGUGCAUGCAGUUGUUAAAUGACCACAUCCCAGAGCAUCCUGAGGGUGCUUUGGAGACGUCUGAAGUGGAGAUCAACAGGUGA